CUGCCGGAGGUUUAGAGGCAGGAAGCAGAAGAAGAAGUCUCUCUGCUAGCAGUUAGCCUGUUAGCUGUCAUGGCGGAACUGAACCGGCAGCUUCAGGAGUAUUUGGCCCAGUCUAAGGGCGGCGGAGCUCGGACCAUCUCCCAGUCCAGCUCCAGCACCACGGUGGACCUCCUGGAUGACCCGGAUCCGGUCUCAGGGAGCUGGUUCGGGCGGUGGUCGAGCCCGUGGUCCGGGAGCCGUGGCGGCAGUCCGUCUGGCCAGAGCUCCAGCGGAAACAGCGGCUUUUCCUGGCCGUGGUCGGCCGAGCCGGACCCCUGCCUGCCGGGUAUGAGCCGGCAACGGCUGGUCGCCUUCGGGGUGUGCGCGUCGUUUUCCGCGCUGUGCUUCGGACUGUCUGCGCUGUACGCGCCGCUGCUGCUGCUCUACGCCCGAAAGUUCGCGCUGCUCUGGUCGCUCGGGUCGCUGUUCGCCAUCGCGGCGGCGGCCGUGCUGCGCGGCCCCAGCAGACUCGCCGCCGGCCUCCCCACCUCCCCCGGAGCCGCCGUCUACCUGUGGGCCCUCGGAGGGACUCUGUACGCGGCGCUGAGCCUCCACAGCACCGUGCUGACCGCGCUAGGAGCCGCCCUGCAGGUCACAGUCAUCGCAGGGUACGCGGUGUCGCUGCUGCCCGGGGGCAGCGCCGGGAUCCGCUUCAUGGGAGGGAUGGCGGCGUCUGCCAUCAAAAGGACCGUCACCGGGAAAAGUAUGCCGAUCUGACCGGGCACCGAGUGUCACGGAGCGGACAGAGCGCACAGCCCGGAGGAGUCUCCGGAGGGUGCAGGCUGUGAGCGAUCAGAGAAUCACUGAAUCCUGCAGACGAGCUGCUGCUCAGAGAACACUUUAUUCUCCCUGAUGUACUUUAAUGACAUGUUUCUGUGUUUAAUACAGGAAAUUAAAAAGUGAAUAUGG